AUGAGGAAGAAACAUAUUGCUUUGGGACGUUUCCUAUGCUUGGGGAUAUGUCAAGAAAUGCGUUUCAUAUUUUUGCAAAAUAACCGAAACGGCCCCGAAACGUUUCGUACCGGUUUCUGGCCGUUUCAGAAACUGAAACGUUUCGGAAACUCGGGAACGCACUAUACUGUGCGUUUUCGUGCUUCCUUGGUGAUCACUGGAGCUUUGAAAAGGGAAAUUGGCAUCAAUGAUUGGGGACGCAGGGUUUCAGAAGGGUUGAUUAUGAAAAUCUUGUUGUUGGAGGGCUGUGGGGGUCAGCUAUAUAUUCUCCCUAAUAGUGUGUGUGUGUCGAACCGGCCAGAGUUAAAAGCACCACCUGAGAUAUUCUAUGAUGCUGAAGAGGCUUGCAAAUACACUUCAUCCUCUCGUAUAAUCGGAAUUCAGGCACAACUUUCAGAGAGAGCUAUAGAGCUUCUUGCCUUGCCUGAUGAUGGAGUCCCAAGACUGCUCCUUGAUAUUGGUUGUGGAUCAGGUCUUAGUGGGGAGACAUUAUCUGAGAAUGGACAUCAAUGGAUCGGUCUUGACAUUUCACCAUCAAUGCUUGAUAUUGCAUUGGAGCGGGAGGUUGAGGGUGAUUUGUUACUUGGAGACAUGGGUCAGGUUUUCGCCCUGGAGUUAUUGAUGGGGCUAUCAGUAUAUCAGCUGCUUAGUGGUUAUGCAAUGCCGACAAGUCUUCUCACGAGCCAUGAUUAAGAUUGAAGGCUUUCUUUGGAUCUUUAUAUAGAAUCUUGGCAAGGGGAGCAAGAGCUGUUUUUCAAGUAUAUCCUGAAACUGUUGCACAGCGGGAGUUGUUAUUAAGUUCGGCAAUGCGAGCUGCGUUUGCCGGUGGUGUUGUCGUGGACUACCCACAUAGGUAAUGCUAGAGGUCUGGUGAGAGAGCAUUGCAAUCAACCGGGAUGUUUUUCAAGAAUGGCAUUUUUUUAGGAAGUUCAUUCAAUGUGCAGCCUUUCUGGCCUUAGUAUUUUUUAUUCACCUUCCACCAUGUCUAUUUCUUCUUGACCAAGUACAAUUUUCUUUUUCAUUUUAAAUUUGCUUUUAACAUGUGGCCACCAAACAAUUAAUCAAUUACUAAUUAACAGGCAGAAAUUGAAUAUUCAAUUAUGGUAAUUGACAAUUAUUAUCA